CUUCCCUCCUCAGCGAUGGUACACAGACAGCAGAGCUCCUGGACUGUCUCUGAACGUGUAUCAUCAGAUACCUCUCUUUGCUGAUCCCUGGAGGCUCCCAGUGACCUCCUGUUAAUCGAUCUUGGUGGGGCCCAAAACCCUACCUCCUGGAAAACUUAAGGAGGCUGACAUCUGCCUGCGGGGAGCUUUUAGAAAACCUCACAAAAGCCCACCCAAUCUCUCUUGGCAGCAAACUGCAAAACCAAGCCCAUUUCCUCAAAAGAUGGUGGAGGACUUAGCAGCCUCCUAUAUUGCUCUGAAAUUGGAGAAUGAAAUUCUCCAGGCCCAAGUGCAGAGGCUGAUGGAAGAAAAUGCUGCCCUGCAGGCCCAGAUCCCAGAGCUCCACAAGCCCCAAGCAGCCAAGGAGGAUGAACCAGUCCAGAAACCCACAGAGGCCCAGGAGCCCCCAAAACCCUCAGAGCCCCUGGAAACCCCAGCAGCCUGGGAUCAUACAAAUCCCCCAGAGUUUGAAGAUCCCCAGAAGCCCAGAGAGCCCCAGUCACUUCCAAUUGUCCAUGGACUCUCAGCAGCCUGUGUGUCCCAAAAGCCUCCAGAGGCUAAGGAGCUGGAGAAGUUCCCAAUGGCCCUGGAGGUCCACAAGCCCUUUGAAGUCAAGGAGGCCCAAGAGCCCCCUCAUACCAAGGAUGCCCUAAAAGCCCAGGAGGCCCAGAAUUUAGAGCUCCAGGAUCUUCCAAAUGCCCAAGAUCCCCAGGAGACACCAGAAUGCCAGGAGACCUCAACACUCCUGGAGCCCCUGGAGCUUCAGGCUCCCAAAGAGCCUCUUCAGUCUUGCAUGCCUCAGGCCCCCCUGGAUCUUUCAGAUGCCCAGGAGUUCCUAGAGCUCUCAGCACCUCAGGAGUCCCUGGAGGGCCUAAUAGCUGCUGAGACAUCAGCCACUUCAGAGUUUCCACAGUCCCCUAGUGGGUUGGAGGCUGAAGCUUUCCCCUUAGAAUACCCUUUAGCCUUCAAUGGGAAUUCCCAGAAGUUUCCUGAAUUCCUGGUUCAAUUGAAUAGUUACAUGAGAGUCAGAGGGCACCUGUAUCCCACUGAAGCAGCCUUAGUGAGCUUUGUUGGUAACUGCUUCUCAAGUGAGGCUGGAAAGUGGUUCCAGCCCUUAGUAUAUAUCCAAAGACCCCUGCUGGAGCAAUUUGGAAGUUUCAUACAAGUGCUCCAGGAUACUCUUAACAAUCCAGAAAACAUGGAAGAUGCCAACCACCGCAUCCGUCGGCUUUGCCAAGGGGAGGACCCUGUCCACCAGCAAGUGACCCACUUCCACCUCAUUGCUCAAAAGCUAAACUUGGGUGAAAGUACUCUCUGCAUCCAAUUUCAAGAAAGCCUUGCUAGUUCUAUUCGAGAGGAACUGUCUUCCUCAAGCUCAGCCACUAACCUAUCUGAUCUGAUCACCCAGUGCAUCAGCCUUGAAGAGAAGCUAAAUGUUAAGCCUGAUCCAAAUCCACAAGGUACAAUUCCCUCUGAGGAGAGAGCUGGGCCUGAGAAUCAACCAGGUGAAAACCGGCCUGUGCAGGCUGCCAGCAAUCGCCCACGCCUCUGUGAAGCUGAACGGGCUCGACGCCGUGAAGGCCACUUGUGCCUCUACUGUGCUCAUCCUGGUCAUUUUGCCAGAGAUUGCCCUGUCAAGCCUCAUCGUGCCCAGCAGGCGGGAAACAUCCAGGCCCGGCGGUAA